AUGGACGACACAUCUCAGAUGAACGACUUUUUCUCGGGCGACUGGUCUAGCAUCUGGGGAUUAGAUCAACUUCGAGACGGGAACAAUCUCUCCUUCACGCCUACACCCCAGCCUCUGUCUGAGGAAGGGGGCGGCACCGGCCCAGCAGACAUUAGUGAAACACACGCAGUUCACAACAACGCGACGAGCGAUGUGAGAAGCCUUUUCAUUAUGAUAUGUUCCCGCCUGGACAAGGUAGAGGCUAUCAAUGAACAGACGAGAGCGACUCUAGACGAAUCAACAGGAGGAGACAAUGUUCAAAAAAUCAUGAAUACCACUCAAUCCCACUGGAGUCAGAGCACCGUAAACAACAAGCCGCGAGUUCAUUUGCGUCUGUGCAAACGUUUACAACAAAUCCUCGCCUUAGCCUCAGCAUACAUGCAAUCGAUCUGCACUACACUUGCUACACAUAUGGCGGGGACUCCACUGGAACUCCUGAGAGAAACGCAAUCACGGCCACUGCCAGUACGAGUUGACAAGCCGCUGCCGAUGACACCACUGCCGCCACCAUCACCGCUACACAGCCGGCGAUAUCUGGAUCUACGGACCCCGCCACCAUCUCGGCCUACCAAGCGGGCUCUCAGCUGGUCAGAGGAACAAAUCAAUACUCUCCAGGACGAGAACCGCAAGCUGCGACAGCAGAUUAUCGAGCAAAAGCGCCUCAACUUGGAAAGAGAACAAGCCAUCGCCCGGUUGAGGCAGAAAACAACCACAGACAAACAGAAGCUCAACGAACAAGAGGAUUUGAUCAAGCAGAUUGCCAACACCGUCAACGUUGCGUUCCAGGAUUGCCAGGAUAAGCUCUCUCGCGGGGUCUACCCUUACGAGAGCAGAGGAACAAUCGACGAGAUAAUCCAGAUUUACAGCUGGUCUAUGACGCAACCCAGCCUGGAGGACGCGGCCCCAGACCUGGAAAGGGGACGCCGGAAACCUGGAAUCGGGACUUCCCUCCACCUACUUUAUUAUCCUGUUCGCCGAGGACAGAUCCCCAGCAGUACAGACGCUCCUAUCAGACUUACACGAUAUGAUUAUUACGGGACUUGCGAUCAUAGGCACAAUAUAUCUCAUUGUCGAUUACAUGUCGGCACGGCGCAAAAAGCCCAGGACUCCGCGUUCGUCCAAGAGAGGGCAGACUCGAUCCCGUACCAAGGAGGGCCGCACAGGCCUGAGGCAUUAGUUCAGGCGCUAGGAGGCCUGCAUUAUACCAAUGAUGGAAAGGGACGUUGGAGCAAGAAUCACGUGACCGUGGCACCCUGCAGAUUAUUCGUGGAGUUACUUGAAAAUCAAUUGCAGAUUGGACCCGACAGUCUGAGUUGUGCCAAUGCUUGGGAACGCGCUUAUCACCUCUCGAACUCAGAGACUCAGUUCUACAAGAUGAAAGUCUCUGCCGCUGAAGCCCGAAGCCAGCAGCUAUCGCAAGAAAACCUUCGGCUCAAUCUCCUACUUAGCCAAUUAAUUCAGUCUCCCGAGCUUACAAGUGACGAGGGUCUCCACAGAUCCGGCAGACGUGCUACCAGCCAGGAUGCCGCCUCUCACAUCGAUGACAAUCGUAAUGUUACGCCACUCCCCCAAGGCAGUCUGCCGGUCACCAAUCUACCCUACCGACAAAGCCAAUACUUGGACACCGUGCUGCCCAGCCAGCACUCUGAACCUGUGGCUUCGGGCUCCUGGCCUGUGCAGGAGCAGGGCCGUGUUUCUCCUCUACUCGAGGACCAAGCGGAACAGCGACUGUUCCGAAGUAUCGCCCCUAUGUCGACAGACACUGCGGGGAGGAAGUAA